UUCAUUUUGAUUUCGAAAGCGAGCGGGUCUCAAAAUUCAAAUCGCAUCCCCAUCUCCAUCCCGCUCUCACUCCACAUUUUCACACCAAGAAAAGACACAGAGAAAGGAAGAGAAGAGAGAUCGCCAGAUCGAUUAAGAGAUUGAUCUCUCGAGAGAAGACUGGAUCUAGCACCAGAAGUACGCGCGAUUCUCUCUCCUCCAGGAAGACAACCAAAAAUGUCAGGUCGACACGACAAAGAGAAAGGCGUUAAUGUGCAAGUCCUUCUUCGUUGCAGGCCGUUUAGCGAGGACGAAUUGAGGAGUAAUGCUCCGCAAGUGGUAACUUGCAAUGAUUACCAGAGAGAAGUUGCGGUUUCGCAGAAUAUCGCUGGGAAACAUAUUGAUAGGGUUUUCACUUUUGACAAGGUUUUUGGUCCUUCAGCACAGCAAAGAGAUCUUUAUGAACAAGCAGUAGUGCCAAUUGUUCAUGAAGUUCUAGAAGGGUUCAACUGUACCAUUUUUGCUUAUGGUCAAACAGGUACAGGUAAAACUUACACCAUGGAAGGUGAAUGCAAAAGAUCAAAGAGUGGGCCUAACGGAGAGCUGCCUCCAGAAGCAGGGGUCAUACCUAGGGCGGUUAAACAAAUUUUUGAUACUCUUGAAAGCCAAAAUGCAGAAUACAGUGUGAAGGUCACAUUCUUAGAACUAUACAACGAGGAGAUUACUGAUUUGCUUGCUCCUGAGGAAAUUUCUCGAGUUGCAUUGGAGGAGAAGCAAAAGAAGCAGUUGCCUCUCAUGGAGGAUGGGAAAGGUGGGGUUCUUGUAAGAGGUCUAGAGGAGGAAAUAGUAACAAGUGCGAGUGAGAUAUUCACUCUACUAGAAAGAGGAUCUGCGAAGCGUCGAACUGCAGAAACUUUUCUGAACAAGCAAUCAAGUCGGUCACAUUCCCUCUUUUCUAUUACAAUACAUAUCAAGGAAGCAACACCUGAAGGUGAAGAACUAAUCAAAUGUGGCAAGCUGAAUUUGGUGGAUCUAGCUGGUUCAGAAAAUAUAUCUCGGUCAGGUGCUAGAGAGGGACGUGCAAGAGAAGCUGGUGAAAUCAACAAAAGUCUACUUACUUUGGGGCGAGUCAUUAAUGCUCUCGUGGAGCAUCUUGGGCAUAUCCCUUACAGGGAUAGCAAGCUUACUAGGCUACUUCGUGAUUCACUUGGAGGAAGAACCAAAACAUGCAUUAUAGCAACUGUAUCACCAGCUGUUCAUUGCCUGGAGGAGACAUUGAGUACACUGGAUUAUGCACACAGGGCUAAGAAUAUAAAAAAUAAACCGGAGGUCAACCAAAAGAUGAUGAAAUCAACUCUUAUCAAGGACCUUUAUGGAGAGAUUGAAAGACUCAAGGCAGAGGUUUAUGCUGCCCGUGAGAAAAAUGGUGUUUAUAUUCCGAAGGAGCGGUAUUAUCAAGAGGAAAGUGAAAGAAAGGCAAUGGCAGAUCAGAUAGAACAAAUGGGAGUUCUGAUAGAAACCCACCAGAAGCAAUCUGAGGAUUGGCGGGACAAAUAUGAUGCCAUGGUUCAUCAAUGUUCUGAUUUGAGCAGCAAACUUUGUGCCACUGAGAAAAACUUCAAUCAAACUAUCAAAUUGCUCACGAGUACUGAAGAAGAAUUGAAGAAGUGUCGAUAUAGUUUGAAAGAGAGGGAUUUUAUCAUAUCUGAGCAGAGAAAAGCAGAGAAUGCUCUGGCUAAUCAAGCUUGUGUUUUACGGUCUGACUUGGAGAAAGCACUUCAGGAUAAUGCUUCUUUGUUUCAAAAGAUUGGUAGAGAAGAUAAGCUGAGUUCUGAUAACAGAUCAGUGGUUAACAAUUUUAGAACAGAGCUCUCCCAACAGAUCGUUUCUCUCUGUAACAUGGUAGCUACAUCAAUAUCUCGGCAGAAUGAACAUCUUCAGUGUGUUCAGGACCUUGGUAAUUCUUUCUUGGACAGGCAUCGUAAGUCAAUUGAGGAAUUGAAGAAAAAACUGUCAUCUUCGAGGGCUGUGUAUAUUUCUCACAUUGAGGCAGUGCAAAAUGUGGUCCGUUUGCACAAGGCCAGCUCUAUAGCUGGCUUAGAGGAAAUUUCUUUGUUUGCUUCUUCCAGUGCAGAGUCUAUUAAAGAUUAUCUAGCAUCAGAGGCUGGACAGGUUUCUUUCAUAUUCGAUGAGUUUCAGAAUACUCUAUCAACUCACCAGGGGGAAGUAGCUCUUUUUGCUAGGGAAAUGCGUCAGCGAUUCCAUGUCAGUAGCGAGCAAAGAAAGGAGGUUUCUGAAUACAUGAAUGGAUUUCUUGAUAAGAUUUUGGAACAAUGCAAAAAUCUGGAAAAUCAUGCGGUGCAAGCUGAUGCAGUACAAAUGAAAAAUAUUGAUGAUUUUCAGAAGGCUUAUGAGGAGCAAUCAAAAUCAGAUGCGGAGAAGCUUGUUGCUGAUAUCAACCAUCUUGUUUCCAGCCACCUUCAGCAUCAAAAAGAGCUGGUGGAUGCAAGGCUUGCUGAUCUCAGAGAAACUGCCACCGGAAACAAAGCAGUAUUGGAUGGACAUGUUUCUUCGAUGGAGUAUGUUUCAACAGAUGCAAAACGAAAAUGGCAGGAAUUUUCUAUGCAGACAGAGAAUGAUGCUAAGGAUAUUGCAGAUUAUUCAGCUACCAAACAUUGUAGAAUGGAGUCACUCUUACAGCAAUGUGUAAGCACUGCUGGAUCAGCUUUCAAGCGCUGGGAGAAGACACUUGACUCUGUGAAUGAGAUGGGAAACAAUCAUGUUUCAAAAUUGGUAUCCCUUACGAGAAAUGCAUCUGACAGCAUAGAGCAGCAUGAUGCGGAGGUUGGUUCUGCACGGGUUACAGCUGAGCAAGAUGUGGCAAAGAAUUCCGAAGAUGUCCUCAAGCACAUUGACAGAGUGUCAGAGGAGGAGCAAGGAUCUGUGUCUAAAAUCUUGGAGGCUGUUAAAGCUCACUCAAACACGCUGGAGACUUUCAGGGAGGAUCACUCUGGUGAAGCUGCAGCUAUCGAUGAUAGAGCAAAGGAAACAUUUGAGCAGCAAUAUAUGGAUUAUGAGCCUACAGGCGCAACACCGUCGAGAAGUGAGCCAGAUGUUCCUAGCAAGGGGACCAUUGAAUCACUUCGGGCAAUGCCAGUGGAAAAUCUUCUCGAUGAAUUUCGAGAAAAUAAUACAUAUGAAUCAUUUGAGGUCAAAGAACUGAAGCCCUCUCUAAUACCACGGUCACCCCUUGUUCAACUGAAUCAGCAAUAGAGUGGCUGUGUUCCAUUAAUGUCCCUCCAAUGAAUGCCGAUUUGUAUACACACAUGAUUGAAAAUUGCAAGGCUGCAGGAAAGGGUGCGGUGGGGAGGGUGUAUUGCUAGUUUCUUGUCUAGAUUAAUAACUCCCUUCUUGGGAUUUAGUAAUUUGUAGCUUAACAGAAUGGAUAUUGUAAAGUGAGGCAUAAAACUACACAUUUGCGGUUCAAGUUUUAUUUUCACAGUGGUGGCUCUGCUCAGUUCAGUUCUGCUUAUGUUAACGUAUUGCAUUCUUUGAUCACUCAGAGCAGAAAUUGAAUUUUUGUUGGGCAGGUUUUAUGAA